AUGGGUUUUCGUUUGCCUGGAAUUAGAAGGGCUUCAUCUUCAAAAUCUGGUGAAGUGCCAAAAGGGUAUCUUGCAGUGCACGUUGAAGAGAAAACAAAGAGAUUUGUGAUCCCUCUAUCGUAUUUGGACCAACCCUCAUUUCAAGAGUUGCUAAGUCGAGCUGAGGAAGAAUUUGGAUUUAAUCAUCCAAUGGGUGGCCUCACAAUUCCUUGCACAGCAGAUAUUCAGCACCACAGAUCCAAUAUAACAUGGACUUCUCUUUGGUGUUCCCUCCCUGCUUAUACAAGGUAUGGGGAUGUCCCAAAGGGCUGUGUUGCAGUGCAUGUAGGUGAGAACCAAAAGAAGCGUUUUGUGAUUCCAAUAUCAUACUUGAACCAUCCUUCAUUUCAGGAAUUGUUGAGUCAAGCUGAAGAAGAUUUUGGUUUUGAUCAAUCCAAUGGGUGGCCUCACAAUUCCUCGUGCUGA